CCGCCCCCCCCGCGCGCCCGCCAUGGCGGGGCCGUGCGCGGGCGGCGGCCUCGCCGAGGGCACCGCCGCCGGCAGUCCUGGAAGUCCCGCUGGCGGCGGCGUCGCCGCGCUCGGCGGCGCUUCAGCCCCGAGCGGCCCUGCACGGGUGCGCGUUGUGCUGGUGGAGCCGCGGGAUGCCCGCAACGUUGGCAUGUCGGCCCGCGCCUGCGCCAAUUUCGGGGCCACGGACUUCUUCGUGGUGCACGAGGCCAAGUUCCAGGCCGCGCUGGGCCGUGCUGGGCGAUCCGAAGAGAAGGCGCGGCAGCUGGGCGUUCAGGUGGGCGCGGGCGAGGAGGACGCUGCCGCUGGCUGCUCGCUGGACCUCUCGGCCUGGAAGGGCGUGGAGCGGCUGGCCACCGCCGAGGGCGCCGAGGUGCUGCGCCGGGCGCGGCUGUUCGGCGGCCUGCGGGCGGCCCUUGCCGGCGCUGGUCGCUCGGUGGCCUUCUCAGGCCGCACCGGAGACAAUUUCCGCCGCAGCAGCAUAGAGCUUCGCGACCUCGCCAUGCAGGCAGCCUGCGGAAGCGUCGGCGCGCCCGGUGCCGUGGAACCCCGGGCCUUGACGCUGGUCUUCGGCUCCGAGGACACGGGGCUCACGACGGAGGAUGUCCUCCUGUGCGACGACGUGUGCCGACUCCGGACGGCGUCCUGCCCGUCGCUGAACCUGUCGCACGCGGUGGCCGUGGUGCUGGCGCGCCUGCACGAGGAUCGCCGUGGGCGGGAACGACGUCGAUAUCCACGGACUCGC